GGGAAAAGGCCAUCGCGGGGACAUGCCGUGCCCGCCCCGGCGAGGGCGGGGGAGCGUGAGCGGCGGGGGCGCCGCCAGAAAGCAAAAUGUCAUCAGUGGAAGCACACCAGGAACAGUUGUCCCAGUCAGAUCCAUCCCCAUCACCAAACUCAUGUAGUUCCUUUGAGCUGUUAGACAUGGAUGCUGGCAGUUUGUAUGAACCAGUUUCUCCACAUUGGUUUUAUUGUAAGAUAAUAGAUUCUAAAGAGACGUGGAUUCCUUUCAACUCUGAGGAUUCUCAGCAGCUGGAAGAGGCAUAUGGCUCCGGAAAAGACUGUAAUGGGAGAGUUGUCCCCACUGAUGGGGGCAGGUACGAUGUUCAUCUGGGGGAGAGGAUGCGGUAUGCUGUGUACUGGGAUGAACUGGCAUCAGAAGUGAGGCGAUGUACCUGGUUUUACAAGGGGGACAAAGACAAUAAAUAUGUUCCCUACUCGGAGAACUUCAGCCAAGUAUUAGAGGAAACUUACAUGCUUGCCGUAACCUUGGAUGAAUGGAAAAAGAAACUGGAGUCUCCCAACAGAGAAAUUAUUAUAUUACACAAUCCAAAGCUCAUGGUACAUUACCAGCCAAUUGCUGGAUCUGAUGAAUGGGGUUCAACACCCACUGAGCAAGGUCGACCAAGAACAGUGAAGAGAGGGGUUGAAAACAUCUCUGUUGACAUCCAUUGUGGGGAACCUUUACAAAUAGAUCACUUGGUUUUUGUAGUUCAUGGAAUUGGACCAGCUUGUGAUCUCCGCUUUCGGAGCAUUGUACAAUGUGUUAAUGAUUUUCGCAGUGUUUCCUUGAACUUGCUACAGACACAUUUUAAGAAAGCCCAAGAAAAUCAGCAGAUUGGAAGAAUAGAAUUUCUUCCAGUCAACUGGCACAGUCCUUUACAUUCUACUGGUGUGGAUGUAGACCUGCAGCGGAUAACCCUACCCAGCAUUAACCGCCUCAGGCAUUUCACCAAUGACACUAUUCUGGAUGUCUUCUUCUACAAUAGCCCCACCUACUGUCAGACUAUUGUGGACACAGUAGCUUCUGAGAUGAACCGAAUAUACACACUUUUUCUGCAGCGGAAUCCUAACUUCAAAGGGGGUGUCUCUAUUGCUGGUCAUAGUUUAGGUUCACUUAUAUUGUUUGAUAUCCUAACAAAUCAGAAAGAUUCUUUGGAGGAUAUUGACAAUAAAAAGGGUUCACCCUCUACCGUUAUGGAUCAAGGAGAUACACGAACACUAGAGGAAGAUUUGAAGAGACUUCACCUCUCCGAAUAUUUUAGUAUCUUUGAGAAGGAGAAAGUAGAUAAGGAAGCUCUGGCUUUAUGUACAGACAAAGAUCUUCAGGAAAUGGGAAUUCCCUUAGGACCAAGAAAGAAGUUACUAAACUAUUUUGGGACCAGAACAAGUGCAAUGGGUAUUAAUAGACCAACACAAUCUGCUUCUGAGGUUAAUAGCCCCAAAGGAUCUGAAUUCUGCAGCAGUUCUGAUAGCAGAAGUGAUGACUAUCUAGAUGUUGGCAUUGGGCAGGUGUCUGUAAAAUAUCCCCGGCUCAAAUAUAAACCAGAAAUAUUCUUUGCCUUUGGGUCACCUAUCGGAAUGUUCCUUACUGUUCGAGGACUAAAAAGGAUUGAUCCCAACUACAGAUUUCCAACAUGCAAUGGUUUCUUCAAUAUUUAUCAUCCUUUUGAUCCUGUGGCCUAUAGGAUUGAACCAAUGGUAGUUCCCGGAGUAGAAUUUGAACCAAUGCUGAUCCCACAUCAUAAAGGCAGGAAGCGAAUGCACUUAGAACUGAGAGAGGGCUUAACCAGGAUGAGUAUGGAUCUUAAGAACAACUUGCUAGGUUCACUGCGGAUGGCCUGGAAGUCUUUCACAAGAGCUCCAUAUCCUGCCUUACAAGCUUCAGAAACAGCAGAAGAAACUGAAGUAGAAUCUGAGUCAAGUUUGGAAAAGUCCAGUGAUGUUAACACCGAAGAGCCCCCUGUGGCAGUGAAAGAAGACCCCCCCAUCAAUGUGGGAAUGCUUAAUGGAGGCCAGCGCAUAGACUAUGUUCUACAGGAGAAACCUAUUGAAAGUUUUAAUGAAUAUUUAUUUGCUUUACAAAGCCACCUAUGUUACUGGGAGUCUGAAGAUACAGUAUUGUUGGUUCUCAAAGAGAUCUACCAAACCCAGGGUAUCUUUCUUGAUCAGCCCUUACAAUAAAAUGAUCCAUCUAUAGUUGUUUAAUAUGGACCUUGAGGGGUCCUUCCCCUGAAAACCCACCUGUUCGUUGCUGAAAUGUUCUCCUCAGCUGCAUCAUUUCCUGCAUGUUGUCUGCUCGUUAUGCACCAUGUCUUUGGAAGAUGAUCUCCCUUUUUGGAAUUGAGUGGAAAGGCAAGGGGAAGAUGCUAUUUCCAUUUUACCACCGACUUCAAGUGUUUACUUGCCACUCUUUAUGGGGGCAUUUGAAUCAUCUAAUUCUCCGGUGAUACUAGGUGCCACACUUCUUGCUGAUCUCAUGAGAUGGAAUAUGGUCUAUUUUUUAUUAGAUUGGUUUAGGGUUGGUUAGUUGUUUUUUUUUCAAGGAAAUUAUUGCUUAUUUUUAGAAAAUGAUAUUCUAAUUUGGGAGCAGAGUCUUGAAAUACUGAAGGCAUUUAAAGGUACACUUACCUGUUUUGGGGGGGUUUUUUUUGCACUGAAUGCUAAAUCUAGGUGGGUAUCGAGGAAGGCUACUAGGUUUACCUUGUUUCUUUCCUUCAUGUUUAUGACAAGAUAGACUGGAAUGAAGCUGGAUAAGAAUUUUUUUUUUUUUUCCUGAGACAGGAUCUUGCUAUGUUAUGUAGCCCAGGUUGGCAUUGAAGCUGUAAUCUCCUGCCUCAGCUUUCCUGGUGCUAGGAUUACAAGUGUGAGCUACCAUGAAGAACAUUAUUUACACUCUUAGAACUGGACUACUGCUAGGGAAACUGACACUAUUCAUUGUUUUUAUGACUGAGCUGCUAUAAGUCUAAAGUGGAGAAUUUAAUUUACAGUAGGUACAUCUGUAUAAAGCAAUGAUGUUAUCUAUUAUAGACGUCCCAUUUAUACCAUACUUCAAAUUGUGGGAUUUGGGGUGAGAUUUUAGGUAGUUCUUUGAUAACACUUGUAUUCUUGUGUUGAGGGUGAAGUUGUAAAAGCUGAUGAACAUGACAUUGCAUGGCCUUUACUGGCUACUUAGGUUAUAAAUGAAAUCUCUAGGGGGUAUCUUGUGAAACAGUUGAAAUCACCUACCAGUCCCACUUGGAUAAAGGUGGUACUGUGAUGUUUACUUCAAAAACAUUUUGUAAGUAUCAGUACCAUUAAGCAGAAUGCUUAUUUGAAAGGCUGUGGGCACAGGCAGUGUUAGUUGAGCAAAUGCAUCUGACUAGGAGGACAUACCUAUUCUGAAAAAACCCCGACCCUAUGCCUGUAAGUUCCAGGAGCAGCUACCACAGUUACUGUCAGUGAAGAGCAUGCACAGUGAGAUUUACCUUGCAGAACACAGGUGACUAUAGGCUAAACUUUUUCCUAAGCAUCUGCUCACAACUUUGCUGUAGGUAUUUCUUCCCUUUAGCAGCAUUUAUUGUCAUUCAGUUCUCUUUAUGAGCCCUUUAGGCCUCCUCUUGGAUUUCCAGAGAUUCAAGUGGCAGAAGUAGGCAACCUAUAUUUUGUAAUUUAUAAAAUAUUUUGGCCAAUGUAUCAUGGUAUCCAAAGCACUGGUAUUAAUAGUCACUGAAGCCAUCCCUCAGAUAGUAAUGGUCUUUAGCUUUUUCUGUAUAGACAAGGAGGUUAAUUAUUGUCACCAUGUUUAUGGAGGAGAGGGUUAGGUAACAGGCAAGCCUGGCCUUUCCUUAUCAUCUGCAUAUGGACUAAAUGCUGAACAAGUAAGCUGCUAAGUUUCAGAUAAACGGAAUUCCUUAUUUUUAUUAUUAUAUAAAUUCUGAGUAAGAGUUUUGUCAAGCUGAUGUCUUCAACUAGUUGUUUAAGAAUAAACCAAAGGACAACUAAGAGUUGAGUCCUGUAACGUAACCAAAGAUGGACAGCUUAACACCCGCAGAACUAAGGGAACCACUGGAGUGGAAUGGAAGGCUCCUUUCCUGGUGGUUAAUAUCUCAUCCUUCUACUAGUGGAAUUCUGGCUGCAUAGUACACACAUUAAUAAGCUCAAUUGAAGUUCUUUAUUUAGUCAUGCAUCAUUUGCACUGCUUCACUUGUAUCAUGUGCAAUCUCUGACCAAGCCUAUUUUUAGACUCCAAUGUAACAUUAUUUUUUACGUACUCCUAGCUGCAGAAUUAAGAUUGUUUAUUUCAAUAAGUCACUGUUUGCUUGGAAAGUUGAUAGCACUGAUUAGCUUUCUAAUAUUUUGCACUUUUGAAGUGUUUGUUUUUUACGUGAUUAUAUACAAAACUUUAGUAAAUACUAAAAUAAAACUGUAUUGACUAGUUGCCUA